ACACGCACAGUUAUGUUACAUCUGUAAAGUCUUCUUUUUUAUUGUUAGAGUUGAUACAUUUGUUGCGAACAGCGACAAAACUGAAAACUACAGCUAAGCUCUCAAAAGCAGCGAAAAGUACGCGCUCGCGCUGCAAGCACGCGACGCGCGCGGGAGCGCUGUGGAUGACGUUCUGCGUUCAGAGGACCAAUCAAAAACUUUGUUUACUGACCGCAAGCGUCGCGUCCACCUCCGCCAUCUGUCAUAAUAAUCAAAAUAUCCAGAACUUACUCUUGUGAUUGGGAACGUAACUCACCAUAGUAUCGAGCUGAUCUGGAAGAACGAAGAGAACAAACCUCAAAAUGGCCCUCCUGCAUGCCGGACCCGCUUCUCUGUAGAGCAAAUGGACCCCAAAACACACAUGUACAGCACUGUAUACAUAGGAUACAGCACCCACCAUCUUGUAGAGGGCUUGGAAUCCAGCACCUCAUAUAAUUUUAGGCUGAGGGCCACCAGAGCCUCAGGGGAGUGCAGCCUCAGCCCCGUGGUCUCUGUCUUCACCACCCGAGAGCCUUUCAGUGGAAAGAACCUCCACCAGGCUGUGAACAGAGAGGAUGAGGAGGAGCUGAGCGCAGUUCUGCAGUCAGGAAUGGUCGACGUGGAUGUUUAUGACAAAAUGGGCUUCACCCCUCUCAUGGUGGCAGCACAGAAAGGUUUCACCAAUUUAGUGGACAUUUUAUUAAAGCAUGGAGCUGAUAUUAACAAGAGAGACAGCACUGGAAAAGACAGUCUAAUGCAGGCCUGUUUUGCUGGUCACCUGAACACAGUGAAGUAUCUGCGUAACUGCGGCUCCACAUGGCAGUCCCGAGACACGGACGGCUGCUCGCCGCUCCACUGGGCUGUGGAUGGAGGACACCUGCCUGUCAUUACGUAUAUGAUCCAGGAUGGAAGUGAGGUGGAUGUUAUGGAUAAAGUGUCUCUCUGGACUCCUCUCAUGCGUGUGUCAGCCAUCAGUGGAAACGCUGCGGUCGCCUCCGUCCUCCUCCAGGCUGGAGCUGAUGUAAACGUUCGUGACAAAGCUGGCAAGACACCACUAAUGGUCGCUGUGCUAAAUAACCAUGUGGAGCUGGUGAAACUUCUGCUUGACAGCGGGGCAGAUCACCACAUGAAGAACGAGUAUGGAGCAGGUGCAGCGGAUAUGGCUAAAGCAUUUGGGAGACAGAGCAUCAUAAAGUUGCUGGAUAAUAUAAGCUUGGAAGAUCGACUGACAUCAGUGAGACAAUUCUGUUAUGGAGACGAGAAAUGAUCUUUAUCUUAAUGCCAUAUUUUACACAUUACAGUAAAGCCUUGAGUUAUUAAAAACAGCUUUUAUGUUCCUAGUGUAAAAUAAAAUAAAAUCGAAUUCACAAUA